GAAUAGUGGUCUACGUGGAACAAGACAAGCCUAGUAGCAAACUACACUUUUCAACUCCCAGAGUCUUGUACAAGUGAGAAAAAUAUUGCUGAAUGCUUACUUUUCACAUUCAAAUUCGUAUCUCUACUUCAAUUCUCAUCAUGUUUAUUGUCAAGACAUUGAGAGCUACUGCAUUUGGGCUUUAUGGAUAUAUGAAUUUCACAAAGUCUGCUUUUUUGGAACAUGCAAAGAAUUUCAAGCCAGAAGAUAUGCAAGUUCAAAUGGAAGGAAAGAAUUGCAUUGUCACAGGUGCAAAUUCCGGCAUAGGUUUUGCAACUGCUGAGGGUCUCGCUUCACGUGGGGCGACCGUUUACAUGGUAUGCCGUAAUAAGGAGAGGGGAGAGGCUGCUCUUACCGAAAUUCACUCAAUCACAGGAAAUAAGAAUGUCUACUUAGAGGUCUGCGAUAUUUCAUCAGUCAAUGAUGUCAAAUCCUUCACUUCCCGGUUUUGUUCAAAAGAUGUGCCUGUCCACGUCCUGAUUAACAAUGCUGGCCUGCUUGAAGCUAAUCGUGUCAUCACACCAGAAGGAUAUGAGAUGAGUUUUGCUACAAAUGUUCUUGGAACUUACACCUUGACAGAGUUGAUGUUACCGCUCCUCGAGAAGGCUGCACCUGAUGCUCGUGUUAUCACGGUUUCCUCUGGUGGAAUGUACACAUCUCCAUUGACUACUGAUUUACAGUUUAGCGAUGACAAGUUUGAUGGGGUGGUACAGUAUGCUCGGAACAAGAGAGUUCAGGUUGCAUUGACAGAAAAAUGGGCUGAAACAUACAAAGAUAAAGGUGUUGGUUUCUACACCAUGCAUCCAGGGUGGGCCGAGACACCUGGAGUGGCUAAGAGUUUGCCGGAUUUUUCUAAAUCGUUUGAAGGAAAACUUAGAAGUAGUGAGGAAGGUGCAGAUACAGUUAUCUGGUUGGCUUUACAACCAAAAGAGAAGUUGGUUUCUGGACAAUUUUAUUUUGACAGAGCUGAAGCACCAAAACAUCUGCCAUUGACAGGCACUAAGAAUUCUCAUUCUGCUAUAGACUCCAUAAUUGAGAAACUUAGGUCUUUUGCUGGCUUAUGAGGAUACAUAUAUACUUCCCCUAAAGAAUCCUUAAUGAGCAAGUUUAUAAAAUAGGAUUAUGAUCUCUUAAAGCAUAACACUAGUUAUCUUUGCUUCUUUUGAUUUUGUACAAUGAGUAUUUCUUGUGAUUAUUAUUGUAGCAUUUGGAAGUUAUGAUUAA